AAUUAUAUUGGGUUUCAGAUUGAACUGAAAUCAUCAUUUCCGGAAAAAAAAAAACAAACAUCGGAUCAUAUAAAUCGAUCGGGACAAUUAAGCUCGGAUCAAUUUUACCGUGUCUAAUUGCGCACUUGUGCUCAUUACAAUUUUUCCUCUUCUCCCGCUAAAAGAUUGUAAAGAGAAAGAGAAAUGUUGCGCAAAACCGGAAACAUUUGUCUAAAGAAAUCCCAAUAACUCAAUAAGUCUGCAAAUAACAAUAAAUUAAUAAACUAAUGUCGUCACAUAGUCAGUGAGCUUCUCGAAGUUCCAUAAUCAUAAAUUCAUAACGCCCCGCACUUUCUUCUCCAUCUCGAGGCUCCAUCAAUCAAAGAUUAGUUCAUAUUGGAAAAGCAAAGAGCCAGAGACAGCUUAAUUUAGGAGAUGACAAAUUGGGAGUUGAAGAAAUGUUGCAACCAUCAACAACUUAUUUUCUUGACUACCACUGCUGUCUGUGCUGUUGUCAUUCUUGCUCUAUGGAGAACGAUACUGCUGAUGCCUUUUAAGCUUGUCACUGUUUUUCUUCAUGAAGCAAGCCAUGCAAUUGCUUGCAAACUUACUUGUGGCCAUGUGGAGGAGAUGCAAGUACAUGCAAAUGAAGGUGGGAUGACGACUACACGUGGUGGCGUUUAUUGGUUUAUCUUGCCUGCUGGAUACCUCGGCUCAUCAUUCUGGGGAAUGGCUUUAAUACUUGCAUCAACAAAUCUUUUGACUGCGAGAAUAGCUGCAGGAUGUUUAGCCCUUGCUCUAUUUAUCGUUCUUUUCGUUGCCAAAAAUUGGACACUACGUAUAUUAUGUAUUGGGUUCAUUAUUUCUCUUGCUGUAAUCUGGGUACUGCAAGAAACAACAAAAAUCCACAUUCUCCGUUAUAUGAUUAUGUUCAUUGGUAUAAUGAACAGUCUGUUCUCAGUAUUUGAUAUAUACGGUGAUUUAAUCUCCCGAAGGGAACACACUAGUGAUGCAGAGAAGUUUGCAGAAGAAUGUCCUUGCUUCUGCAAUGGUGUGGGAUGGGGUAUCGUUUGGGGAAUAAUAUCAUUUAUGUUUCUAUGUAUAUCCAUGUAUUUAGGCCUCGUAAUCCUAUCUUCAGCUUAAGAAGAACUAGACUGCUUGAAUGCUGCAGCUCGCUUACAGAUUAAUAUAUGUUAUUACUUUUUUAUGAUGUGUAUCAGUCCAAGGAUAAUCCAUUCAUAUAAGUGAAUAGAGUUGCAUACAUCACAUGCAUUUA